AAGUUGCCUACUCUCUGUGUUUAAUCUAUAACUUUGUAAAUGGAUAACGAUUUGUAUGGAUUAGUAGCCGAUUACACGCAUUUCAUAGAUGCUAACGCUUUUGUUUGCUGAAGACGCGGGGCGUGGCACGCCAUAAAAAUGUAUUUCGUGCGCAAACAAGUGCGUAAGAAAUACUAGAAACAAUACCGAAAAAUCGAAGCUGGAAGAGCAGCCGAGAAGCGUAUAUAAAGACGAUUCGAAAAACUAGAAGCGGAACCAAUUGGACCGCACAGGAAAAUCGGAUUUUCGUGUUUCGCAAGUUUGGAACAAAAAGGCAGCACAACGGCGACCAUCGGCUAUCAAAUGAUGAAACGACGCUGGUCGAACAAUGGCGGCUUCCUGCGCAUCCACGAGGAGUCCUCCUCGGAGGUGACCUCCUCCAGCAAUGGCCUCGUCCUGUCCUCGGGCCUCAGCAUGUCGCCGUCGCCACUCGACUCGCCCGACUACGGCGACCAGGGCAGCUGGCUGUGCGGCAACGAUGCGGGCCAGCACUAUGGCAACACCUUGGGGCAUGCCACUGCGCAGCAGCAGAGCGUCAUUACGCUGGCCAUGCACGGCUGCUCCAGCACGCUGCCUGCCCAGACCACCAUAAUACCCAUCAACAACAACAACAACAACAACAACAGCAACAGCAGCAGCAACAACAACAACAACAAUAGCAACAGCAACAAUAAUAACAAUAACAAUAACAAUAGUAGCAACAAUAGCAAUGGGUACGUGCCAGGCGCCACGAACCUGGGCUCGCUCACGAAUGGGGGUCACAUGGUGGGCAGCCUGGUCAGCAGCAUGCAGCAACUGCAGCAGAAUGGCCACAGUUUGAUCAACUCGACCACGCCCACACCGGGCUUGCACAUGCAACAGAGCGGCAUCAAUGGCUCCGGCGGCGGCCCAGCAUCAGUCGGCGGCAUGUCCUCCAUCGGCCUGGGCCUGAGCGCGCUUCAUCACACGAACGGCAAUUCCAACGGACUCGGCUCGAAUCCGGGCAAUGGGGCGGCGGUCGGCGUGAUGGGCGUGCCCAUGGGCAUGGCCAUGCAGCAUACGCCGCGCAGUGACUCCGCGAAUUCCAUUUCAUCAGGUCGCGAUGAUCUCUCGCCCUCGAGCAGCCUCAACGGCUACUCGGCAAACGAGGGCUGCGAUGCGAAGAAGAGCAAGAAGGGCCCGGCGCCCCGGCUGCAGGAGGAGCUGUGCCUGGUCUGCGGGGAUCGAGCGUCCGGCUAUCAUUACAAUGCGCUCACCUGCGAGGGCUGCAAGGGCUUCUUUCGGCGCAGCGUGACGAAGAAUGCGCACUACUGCUGCAAGUUUGGACGGGCCUGCGAGAUGGACAUGUACAUGCGGCGCAAGUGCCAGGAGUGCCGCCUAAAGAAGUGCCUGGCCGUGGGCAUGCGGCCGGAAUGCGUGGUGCCGGAGAACCAGUGCGCGAUGAAGCGGCGCGAGAAGAAGGCCCAGAAGGAGAAGGACAAGGUCUCCAGCUCCCCCAGCUCACAGCACAGCGCCGGCGGCCCCACUGGAGCUCUCCACGGUACCCAUGACUACGUCAAGAAGGAAAUUCUCGACCUCAUGACGUGCGAGCCCCCCCAGCAUGCCACAAUUCCGCUACUACCUGAUGAUAUUUUGGCCGAGUGUCAAGCGCGCAAUAUACCUCCAUUAACGUUCAAUCAAUUGGCCGUUAUAUAUAAAUUAAUUUGGUAUCAGGAUGGCUAUGAGCAGCCAUCCGAAGAAGAUCUCAAGCGUAUUAUGAGUCAACCCGAUGAGAAUGAGAGUCAGACGGAUGUCAGCUUUCGGCACAUCACCGAGAUAACCAUACUCACAGUGCAGUUGAUCGUGGAAUUUGCGAAAGGAUUACCAGCGUUUACAAAGAUACCGCAAGAGGAUCAGAUCACGUUACUCAAGGCCUGCUCGUCGGAGGUAAUGAUGCUGCGAAUGGCCCGACGCUACGAUCACAGUUCGGACUCGAUAUUCUUCGCGAACAAUCGAUCGUAUACGCGCGACUCGUACAAGAUGGCCGGAAUGGCGGACAACAUUGAGGAUCUGCUGCACUUCUGCAGGCAGAUGUUCUCGAUGAAGGUGGACAACGUAGAGUACGCGCUACUCACUGCCAUUGUGAUCUUCUCGGACCGGCCGGGCCUGGAGAAGGCCCAGCUGGUUGAAGCGAUACAGAGCUACUACAUCGACACACUACGCAUUUAUAUACUCAAUCGCCACUGCGGCGACUCCAGGAGUCUCGUCUUCUACGCCAAACUGCUCUCCAUACUCACCGAGCUGCGCACGCUGGGCAACCAGAACGCCGAGAUGUGUUUCUCGCUCAAGCUCAAGAAUCGAAAGCUGCCCAAGUUCCUGGAGGAGAUCUGGGACGUGCACGCCAUACCGCCCUCAGUUCAAUCACAUCUCCAGGCCCAGCAGGAGGAGCAGGAGCGACGCGCCGAGCGGAUGCGUGGCGCUGUCGGAGGUGCCAUCACCGCCGGCCUUGACGCCGACUCCGCCUCCACAUCGUCCCAGGCGGCGCUCGCUGCCGCCGCCCAACAACAGCCACUGCAUCAACAGCAACAGCACCAGCAGCUCCACACGCUUCCCGUGCACACGUUGCCACUGCCGGUGCCCGGUGGCUCCGUCUCAGCUGUCAGCACCACUAGCGACUAUAUAGGUGGUGGCGGUGCUAUGGGACCCACCACAGCAGCCGCCAGUUCCAGCACUAGCAUCACAGCCGCUGUGCCCGCCAGCUCGACGACCGCGCCGGUGGCCAACGGGGGAGGGGCGAACGUCAACAUGUAUGCCAAUACGCAGGCGGCGAUGGCUCUGAUGGGCGUGCCCCUCAAAUCGGAGCACUCGACAACCACUGCAUAGCCUCUGCUUGAGGGCAUGGGCUUGGACACAGACGUGGGCGUGCCGGUGGGUGGUCCGUUGUUAGGCAGCAUUAUUGAGUGAGCUGAGGCUUGGCAGCUGUGAGCCUACACAUUUACACCCACACCCACACCCACACUCCCACUCACACAUCCACAUAGACCGAGCUGUACCGUUAGGCACUUUGAUAAUAGAUUCACUUCAUUUGUAUAUAGCUGGUGAAACAGUCAAAUUUUACAUAUGCAAAAUAGUUUUUUUUUUUUACUGAGCU